UUGAAGCACACUAUCGAGCACUGAAUUCCUUUCACUUUUUUUAACUGAUUUCGUUUGACUAAAGAAAAUUUAAAAUGUCACGCAUAAUUAUUUUGUCGGUUAUUCUUAUGGUUUCGAUUUCAACGAUCAAAGCCGGAAAAUCCGCACUGGAAAUGUAUACGCCACAAACCAAUAUCAAAAUGGUUGAUGUAAUUGUUGAAGACGCGUUUUGGGAUGACGCCAGAUCUAGAUUGAAUAGCGACGCCUGGUUUCUUAAAUGCAAUGGUCCAACUGAUAUAAAUGCAGAAUUAAAUAAAAAAUCGAUUAUGAAGACGAUUAAAGGCAAAACAUGGUUUUUUGGAAAUUCAGGAAUUGGAUUGGAUGUCGAUUUCAAGCGCCUGGCAGAUGCUGUAAAUGGAAAACUUACGGAAUUCGAGAAGACGUACAACAAGGAAAAUCGUAAAUGUACUUUCACUGACGUUGAAUUCGCAAAACUAAAGCUUGACUUUGAAACGUACGCAUCGAAAUUGAGAAAAUAUCGUGAAACAUUAUUUAUAGAAAAUCCUCAAAGUGUAAAUAUACCAAGAAUCCUCGACUAUUGCACAGACAUGUUUGAGAAUUUGGUCGCAAUUGCAGCAAUUGGCCAGCAAAAAACGAAUUGGGGCUAUUUGACCGGUUUGAAAAAGCCUGGCGUUCUCUUGUCAAACAUGGGAUAUAAAUUUACUAGCAAAAAACCCAAGCCCGCACCAAAGAAAUGAAACACUUUGUUAAAGAAAAUUUUAAUCCGAAAAAAAAAAUAUUUUCUGAUACUGUAAAAAUAGUCUCAUUUAUCCUUUACCGUUUUUUGCAAAAUUAUAGCCGGUAAAAUAAAUUCAUCUCUUUUUACUCCAUA